AUGCGGCUUUCCUUCUCCAGGAUCCUCACCUGUGCCGAGCCACGAGCCCAACAACCCCAACAGGGUGCCACACCUGAACUGCAACAGCAGCGCCCCCAAGCGCUCCAACAACUGCAACAGCAGCUGCAGCCACUCCAAACCCAAAUUGACCGACAACCUUCGCCGCACGGCUCGGAACAGUCGCGUUAUUCAGGUCCGAUGAACGCGUCUUACCCUUCCCCGACUGCCAUGGCGGCCACUCCCUUGCCGCCCGUGCCCAACGCGAACAUGGCCCCAGCGCCCAUGGUUCCCAAUGAGAUGCAGCAGAAUCUCGGAAUGCCCCCAGCGGGUUAUCAGCCAGCCCAGGCACCUCCUCAACCGCCUGCGAAGCAAUUCCCCUGUAGCACGUGCGGGAAACCCUUUGCUCGGCGCAGCGACCUCGCACGACAUGAGCGUAUCCACAGUGGUAUUCGGCCCCAUGUUUGCGACUAUCCUGGGUGUGGCAAACAAUUCAUUCAACGGUCCGCCCUGACCGUCCACUCGCGAGUGCAUACCGGCGAGAAGCCGCAUAGGUGCGAGCGAUGCGGCAAGCCCUUUAGUGAUAGCAGCUCUCUAGCCCGGCACCGCAGGAUCCAUUCGGGCAAGCGACCCUACAAAUGCCCUUAUGCCGAUUGCCAAAAGACCUUCACCCGCCGUACCACUUUGACCAGGCACCAAAACCACCAUGUGGGCACAGUUGAGGAAUCCGCCCGUGCACGUGCAGAGGCCUUAGCUCAAGGUGCCAACGCUGCUGCGGCUGCGGUCGCGGCUGCUCAGAGCAAAUCCCGCUCUGGGAGCGAGCAAGCAUCAAACCACGAAUCUCCACUGACGAAUACACCUUCCCCUGGCCAGCGCCCGAUGUCCAUGUCUCCGGGUGCUGAGCUGGCCGGCAUAAACAACAUGCAGUACUUGAGCAACUCGAUUCCUCCCCACCUCCGAGGCGAUGUCCAUGUUGGAAGCCCGUCCCCGACAGCAUCUUCGGGGUACAACAACGGCAUGCGCCCCACGUCGCACCCCACUGGAUAUGCUCCCCCGCAAACCCUGGAGCCGAGCAUCGAGCAACCGCAGCAAGGACCCGGAAGCGCAGUCGGUAGUCCCCACAUCGGUAGUGUCGGCUGGGCCUCGCCUGGUCACGUCGGCUCUCCCACCCAGAGCCCCAGUGGGAACGGAUACGUGUAUCCCGAUCCUGAAGCUUACCCGAACGGCACCCCGAUCGCCCAAAUGUUUUUCAACAGCGCGGUGGCGUCCCGCCGUCCGGAUAGCGCAGAGCCAGGGAACCCUUCCUUUGACACUAAGAGCCGUCAGGGAGAGCUCUGGACGAAUUCCCAGUAG